AUGAUUUCACUCCCUCCCAAACAGUGGUGGUGGUCCUCCUCCCUCAUUCUCAUCCUUCUAACCAUCAUCCUCAUCGCCGCCGAACAUACCUCCCGAGUGAUUGCCCUUCCCAUUAAAACAACCAUCACGACCACCACCGAUUUUACACCCACACAAGUUCACUUGGCCUUCACCAACAGCACCCAUCCCAACGCACUGGUCAUUUCCUUCCACACGAAAAACUACAACAAGGAAUGGCUCGGAAUGCCCAUCGUGAAAUACUCUGCCAUGGAUUCUACUCUUUCACAUCAUUAUGAGCAGAGUGCUGAAAGUUCAGUGUUUCAAUAUGGGAAUACUCAAGUCACUGGUUAUGAUUUUCAUGUCUGGAUUCCAAAUUUGAAAUUUUCAACAAAAUAUUAUUAUCAAUGCACAUUUUCACAAAUGCAAAAUAUUUCAAGUGAAAUUUAUAACUUUUAUACCAAGACAGAUCCAAAACAAGCACAACAUGAGGUUCAUACAGUGAUCAUGUAUGGAGAUCAGGGAACGACGAAUAGCAAAAAUGUCAUUGCCAGAACUACAGAAUAUAUUCAUUCCUAUUUUGGAAACAAAGAAAAUAAUAAUAAUUUAUUUGUGUAUCAUUUGGGAGAUAUUUCAUAUGCUGAUGAUUUUGCAGGUGUUCAGUAUCAACCCAUUUGGAAUCAAUACAUGGACAUGAUGGCAAAUAUCAUGCCAUAUGUACCUUAUAUGGUUUGUGUUGGAAAUCAUGAAAACGGACCUCAAAACAAACCCUAUGAUGACUUUGAAAGAGGUUUUAUGGCAUAUAAUCAUCGAUUUUUCAUGCCAGGAAGAAAUUCUUCUUUGAUUGGACAUAAUAUGUGGCAUUCUUUUGAAAAUGGACUUGUAACAUUUGUGGCUAUUGAUACGGAAACAAAUUUCCCUCACUCUUUCUUUCCACAAUUUAAUUUCCAAAACAAGAUUGAUCAAUUGGAAUGGUUGAGCGACACCUUGUCGAAAAUUGACCGAAAGAAAACUCCUUGGGUCGUUGUGGUCGGCCAUCGUCCAAUUUACAGUAGUCAAUACAUCUUUUCAGCAGCUAAUGGAUCUAUUAUUGGAGAGUCUAAAAUUCUUCAACAAGCUUUCGAAGACAUUCUUUACAAAUAUCAAGUAGAUAUUGCCAUGUUUGGUCAUGUUCAUAGCUAUGAAAGAACCAAUCCAGUCUACAGAACUCAAGUGGAACCAGGAACUGCUAAUAGUAAUCAUUUUCACAAUUUACGAUAUACCAUUCAUAUUGUGAACGGAGCUGGAGGAAACACGGAAGGUCUCACACCAGGAAAGGAUUUUUAUUUGGGACAAUCAUGGGCCUCUAAAAUUUUCUAUCAAGAUGAAGGAUAUGGUAUUUUGAAGUCAAGAUUUGAUUCAAAUUUGAAUGUGUAUUCCUUAGAGUUCAAUUAUUAUGCUGCCAAAACUAAUGAACUUGUGGAUUCAUUUACUGUGACAAAGAAUGCAUAA